AUGCGGUCCUCUCUUCUCCUCGCUCUUCUCCCUCUGGCUGUUGCCACGGCUGUUCCCAGCUCCAAGAAGGUUGACUACAACGGUUUCAAGAGCCUGCGUGUCACUCUUCCCAAGGGCGCCAAGAAUGCUGUAGCCGAGAUCAACAAGCUCUCUGCUACCAUCCUCAACCCCGGUGCCAAGGAGGAGCUCGACAUUGUCGUUUCUCCUGACAACAUCGAUGCCGUCACCAAGAUCGCUUCCGACACCACUGUCCUCGUCGAGGAUGUCGGUGCUGCUCUUGCGGAGGAGGAGACCUCUGAGAUCUACGCUGUCCCCAGUGAAUCUUGGUUCACCGCCUAUCACAGCUACGCUGAUCACCUCACCUUCCUCAAGGACCUGCAGUCUAGCUUCCCUAGCCAGUCUGAGAUUGUGACUCUUGGCAACUCUUUCCAAGGUCGUGCUCUCACUGGUAUUCACAUUUGGGGUAGCGGUGGUAAGGGCUCCAAGCCCGCCAUUGUCUUCCACGGAACUACUGCCGAGUACAUGGCCUACCAGCUCCUGACCAAAUACAGCAGCGACUCCGCUGUCAAGGCUAUUGUCGACAAGUUCGACUUCUACAUCACCCCCGUUGUCAACCCUGAUGGUUUCGUCUACACCCAGACCACCAACCGUCUCUGGCGCAAGAACCGACAGACUGUCUCUGGCAACUCCUGUGUUGGUCGUGACAUCAACCGCAACUGGCCUUACAAGUGGGAGCUUACUGGCGGUGCCUCUACCAACCCUUGUGACGAGACCUACAAGGGACAAGCCGCUGGUGACAGCCCUGAGCUCAAGGCCAUCAAGGGCCAGAUUGACUCUCUUGCUGCUGGCAAGGGCAUCACUUUCUACGUCGACUUCCACUCUUAUGGACAGUACGUCCUCUGGCCCUACGGCUACGACUGCAGCUUCGUUGCUCCUGAGGAGGCCGCCCUCAAGACCGUUGGUACCCGCAUCACCAACGCCAUCCGCAGUAACUCUGGACAAACUUACACUGCUGGUAACUCUUGCCGCGCUCUGUAUGCCACCACUGGCGACAGUCUUGACUACAUUCAGGGCGUUGCUAAGGCUAAGUACUCUUACACCAUCGAGCUCCGUGACCGCGGUACCUAUGGCUUCAGCUUGCCCGCCAGCCAGAUCCAGGCUACUGUCCGCGAGACUUGGGCUGGUAUCGUUGCUGGUCUGACUGGUCUGUAA